GCGGAAGAAGCGAAACACAUUAAGUCGUAGCAUGAAAAAGCAUAAGACCGCUUCAUUUAAAAAUCACAUAGGAAAAGCCUAGUUUUGUCUCAUACUUUUAAAACAGAGCAGUUCAUCUGUAACUCUCCCAAAUUUCUCUCACAGCUAUUCCGAAUUGUCGCCACACAGUGAUGGAAGGCAGCGAGUCAAGGGUCGUGAUGAAUGGAACUCAAGUUUCUUACAUUGGGCAAGAUUGUGAAGAAAUUCCAGCAUUUAUAGGAGAGCAGUAUGGGGGAUUAGCCAAGAGAUUGGAUCUUAGCUUCAACCUGCUGAGGUCACUGGAGGGACUGAAAGCAUUCAGCUGCUUGGAAGAGCUGAUUGUGGACAACAAUCUCCUCGGAAAUGAUCUCCUGUUACCCAGGUUACCACACCUCCAUACCCUAACACUCAAUAAGAACCAGAUAUCAGAUAUAGAAAGCCUGUUGGACCAUGUGGCUGAAGUGGCACCUUCCCUGGAGUACCUCAGUCUACUGGGUAAUGAAGCCUGUCCCAAUGAACUUGUCAGUCUGGAUAAGGAUGAGGAUGACUACCAAAGAUACAGGUAUUUUGUGCUCCACAAGCUGACCAACCUGAAAUUCCUGGAUACUCGGAAGGUGAGCAAAAGAGAGCAUGAAGAAGCUAAAGCCAGGGGUGCCUUUAUGAAAGUGGUGAAACCAAAGACUGAUACGGAGUCCAGGGAUCUGAGGUCUGUCUCUCCAGGGAUGCCGUACACUCCUUUGCCUAGUGGGUCCAGGGAUUCUAAAUGUCAUAAAGAAUCAUUCCAGAUGCCACUGCCCUGGAUUCAUCAAAGAGCUGACAUCAGUGUCAGCAAUGAAGGGGAAGAGAUGGAAACAGUUCAACAUGCUGACUGACUGGCAUGAGAAUGGAAAGCAAAUUACAUGCUUUUACUGCAUACAACUUCUGAUGUGAUGCUCUUCACAGUAAAAGCUUUAACAGGCUGCACUUUAAAUAUUUUAGCAAUUCGCCCAAUCACAUUUGGCUUUCCAAAACUGAAGCCUAUUAAAGUUUUAGCAGUGUGUCACAACCAAACAGAUUACUUCAUAUCAGGAUGAACAGCUGAUUUGUAUUAUGUGCAACACUGGCCGUAAAAUAGCCCCCAUAACUUGGGCAGCUGUGGCUUUGCUACUUCUACGUUCGUGUUCAAAAGCGUGAUCUUCAACUGCAUAUAAGAGCAAUAUAAGACAGGUAUUGGGGGAAAUCAAAUAUAAGAUUAUAAUUUUUUUUUUUUUAAAUAAAUAAAUAAAUAAAUAAAUAAUAAUGGAAACACAUUGCACCAGUCUACAUAUUCUCCAAUAUUAGAAUCAGCAUGUUGGGAGUGGUACCUUCAGAAGUAUUGAAGGAUAUAUAAUGGUGUUAAGCAAAAGCUAGUGGGCAUAAUGCUCUUAGGGCAGGUCAAAAAGACUCCCUUUAAGGUAAUAGCCUGGAGCAAGCUUAUAGAUUCCGUUACAAGCAAAGCAACUUCAGGGAAAUGACUCUCUUCUUUAUUCUGCCUUUUACUUUUCAACCUUUACAACUUAACAAACUCUGUUUCCUACAUGUCU